ACAGCGCGGCACCACCGCUUUCAGAGGCUUGCACAACUGCCGCCGCGACGCCCAAACUGCGCCGCAAACGCGCUGUUUAUUGCGAUUAUGAAUUGCUGCGUCGUCGGUUGUACUAAUAGGUACACGUCGUGCCCCGCGGGGACGACGUUGUACAGUUUUUCAACUCGUCCGUGCUUCGUCGGGCAGCGGCAAGAGUGGAUCAGAGCCGUGCGGCGGAAGAAUGCCGACGGAACGGACUGGGAGCCGACCCGGCACUCACGGAUAUGCAGCGUUCAUUUCGUCGGAGGUGCGUCCUCGAAGGAUGUUUCGUCCCCGUCGUAUGCGCCGACGAUAUUCCCCGAAGAGUACCGCAAGCGUUCGGUGCUCCCUGAGGAUAAAUCCGGACGCUACGAAAGAUACAAGAAACGGAGGACAGCUACUGCAGCUCUGCCCCAGACCUCAACGUCGCUGCCAGACUUGCUGCAAGCUGCGCCACCAACAGUGGUGACCGAGGCUCCUGUGGAUCUGCCAGCAUCUCCAGCAUUCGCACCAGAGUUUGGAGAACCUGAAGUCACUGGACAACAUAGUGAAGCUCGUCAUCAGGAAGGUGUGGAGGUAUCAACUCAAACAUCAUGGACAUCAGAGCCCCAGGAUCAGGGUGUGCUGAUGAUAUCCUGCGUCUUCUGGACUGGUGUCUGCGAGGCAUCCACCCAGGUUGCAUACUUAGCGCACAAACGACCGACGACUGCUGAUGUACGUGGGGAGCGAUACUUGGAUCUGGGUAUGGAGAGCAAGCUCCUGCUUUUCCUGGUCAAGAUGAAGCAUGGACUGACCUUCUCUGCCUUGGGUGUAUUGUUUGGUAUCCACCGAACCAGUGCAUCGCGCAUCUUCUACACGAUUCUAGAUGUGCUCUAUGUUAGUACGCAGGGAUGGAUCCAGUGGUUUUCUAGAGAUGUUGUUCAUGCAUCAAUGCCUGCAUCGUUCCGGUCGAAGUAUCCCAAUUGUAGGGUUAUCGUCGACUGCAGUGAAGUCCGGAUUGAGAAACCGAGCAAAGUCUCCGACAGAGUGAACUGCUGGAGUAAUUACAAAAGUGACUUCACGCUCAAAUUUCUUGUUGGCAUCACGCCAUCUGGGUACAUUACAUUUAUUUCAGAUGUUUAUGGCGGAAGGGCAAGUGACACUUACAUCAUAGCAAACUCUCGGCUGGUUAACCUGCUAGAACCAGGUGAUAUGGUUAUGGCCGACAAAGGGUUUCCUCACGUGAAGUGCGACUUGGAGAGUAAAGAUGUGACUCUCGUUAUGCCACCAUUUGCAAGAGCUAAUGAACAGUUCACGGAGGCAGAGAUGAAGGAGACAUACAAGGUUGCAUCUCAUCGAAUUCAUGUUGAGAGAUGUAUCCAGCGGAUUAAGAGUUUUGCAAUCUUGAGCCAAAGGUUGACGCCAGAACUCAAAUGCCACAUAGACAAAAUUCUACAUGUAUGUAGCAUGCUCGCGAACCUGCAAGGUCCCGUCAUUAAGACUCUGUGAGAGUUUCGAACAGAAAUCUGUGCUUCCGAUAAAGUACACAGUGCGCAAAAAGACAAAGACCGACGAAAAGGAAGCAGACAGGAUGAGAGGACGAAAAUUAGCAUUUGUCGUGUUUGUUUCUUUUUCAUCAGUCUUUGUCAUUUUGUACAAUCAGUCUUCGUCGUUUUGCACGCCGUGUAUUUUAUCGUAAGCGUGAACCAACUUGCCCACGUUGCCACUAUGAAUCAGAAAUAAAUGGUCACACACGUUUUAUUUGUGAUAUUUCAACUGGACAUUUGCACUUCGUAUUCCAUACAGAACAAUUUUUCACAUAUCAGCACUACUCUAGCUGAUUUAGAGG